AAAUGAAGUGGGCACAAUCGUUGACGCUUCAGUUGUAUUUUUACUUGCCAAAGUUGCCGUCUUUUUGAAAGAGUUUGCUAGUGAAAUCGAUGAAUCACGGCGAAGCUUGGAGCUCUGGUGGCCGUAGGGGUUCUCGGGGCCGUUCUCGGGGCCGUUCUCAGCCAUCUGGGCAAUGGGUUCCGGUUACAGUUGAUAAGUCUUUGGAUGAAUCUUCUGGUAAUAGAGGUAGAGGAUCUCGAGGGAGAGGAGGAAGUAGAACAUCAUGCUCUCCUAGAAAUAGUUAUGGGCGUGGCAACGAUGAACACAGUCCAGUGCAAGUGUACGUUAAGAAGUCCAAUGUGGGAUUUGUGGAAAAGGGAGUUCAACAGAAUAGAAAGUCCCAAGAGUAUAUAAUAGGUUCUACUAAGCAGCCUGAUGAUGGUGUUGCUACUUUGAACUCUUCUGGAGAUAACAAGGAUCUUUUGCAAUCAUCUACUUCUUCUAGCUCAAAGAGCACACAUUUCAGUGGAGGUUCGUUUGUCUCUAGCGAAUGUGAGGACAAGGGUGUCAAGGAUGGUGCUAAAAUGCAUUGUGAUCUUGUGAAUAGGAUGAAAGAUGUUACGUUGUUUUGCCAGGAGUCUGUGUCUCCUACAAGUGAUAAGAAACUUGAGCUUUCUAGUGUUGAGGAUCAUAAGAGUGCUCAAAAGGCUGGUGGGGCAGAGAACUCUUCAAAUGAAAGCAACUCAAGUCCUUUUGAUAUCUUCCUACAGAAGAAGGGGGUAGUACUAAAACCCUCCAUUCGGGAUCUGAACAGAGAAAAGAAGAAAGCAGCUAAGGGGUACACUGGAAUUGUUAUUAGACCUGGAAUGGUACUUCUCAAGAACUAUUUGUCAAUAAAUGAUCAAGUAAUGAUUGUGAACAAAUGCCGUCAGCUUGGUUUGGGUGAAGGGGGCUUCUAUCAACCAGGUUACAGGGAUGAAGCGAAAUUGCAUUUGAAAAUGAUGUGCCUUGGGAAAAACUGGGAUCCUGAAACAUGUCGAUAUGGAGAAAUCCGACCGAUUGAUGGUUCUACUCCGCCAAAAAUUCCUGCUGAGUUCAAUCAGUUUGUUGAGAAAGCAGUUAAAGAAUCACAGUCCCUAGCGGCCUCAAAUUCUAAGGAGACAAAGGGAGUAGAUGGAAUACCAUUUAUGUUACCUGACAUCUGUAUUGUUAACUUCUACACUUCCACCGGGAGACUUGGUCUCCAUCAGGACAAAGAUGAGAGCGAAAAUUCCAUCCGGAAGGGAUUACCUGUUGUUUCAUUUUCUAUUGGAGAUUCAGCCGAGUUCUUGUAUGGUGAUCAGAGGGAUGAAGACAAGGCAGAAACGUUAAUCUUGGAGUCCGGAGAUGUUCUACUAUUUGGUGGCAAAUCCAGAAGUGUCUUUCAUGGCGUGAGAUCAAUUCGUAAAGAUACUGCCCCCAAGGCUCUUAGUCAGGAAACAAGUCUCCGACCAGGUCGUCUGAAUUUGACUUUUAGGCAGUAUUAGCCCAAAGCUAGGAACUUUGGUAAUGCAUCUAGAGCUGUUUUGAAGUGCCUUAACAUGUACAAAUUGUAGGCUCUUCACCUGCUUUUUAUAUCUUUUGGUAAUUAGAAGAAAACAAAUCUUUGCAG